AUGGCUCCCGCCAGCCGUCGCGUGUUGGGCGUGAGCGGCUGCGGACGGGCACCGGCGGUGGCAUCGAUGGCGGGUUGCCUGGCUUCCCGCAGGCGGGCGCCGCGGCCCUUCCUGUGGCCGGGGAAGGAUCCAGCUUCCGUCGGCGGGAGCUGGCGGCGCCCGUCGCGGCCUGCGCUGUGCGCCUCGCCCGGAAACGGCGCCGGGUUGCAGCCGGGUGAGCGGGAGGGGCCCAGCACGGAUCCUGCCGUCAUCUACAGCAGGCUCCAGAGGUUGGCACUGCCAUAUUGGACGAAUUCGGCAGAGGCUCGUUGGAAAUUGGCGGGUGUCGUUGUUCUGACACUGGCAACAACAGGUGUCAGCGUGGUGUUCAAUUUCAUAGGGCGAGACUUUUUCAAUGCCUUGGAAGAAAAGGACACAGUGGCCUUCACAGAACAGCUGAUUAAGUACCUAGGAGCUUUUGUCGUCGGAAUUCCAGUUUUUGUCUUUCGAGGCUACUACAGGAGCAAAUUGAGCCUGGAGUGGCGAGAGUGGAUGACGGAACAAUUUCUGUAUGACUACAUGGCCAAACGCACAUUCUACAAGGUGCAGGCCGCUUCGAUGAUGGAUAAUCCUGACCAGCGGAUCUCCAUUGACAUCAAGGUGUUCACAGAGAGCACAUUGGUUUUUGCGUUGACUCUACUGAACGCCCUUGUUGAUCUAGUCUCCUUCUCUGGGAUACUAUUCUCCAUUUAUCCACCUCUCUUCAUUGCGCUCCUUGUCUACUCAGUUGGGGGCACUGCAGUGUCCAUAGGUCUUGGACAGAGCCUCAUUGGGCUAAAUUUCCGACAAGAAGCCAGAGAGGCAGACUUGCGAUUUGGGCUGGUGAGGAUCCGCGAAAAUGCAGAGAGCAUCGCAUUUUACAGUGGCGAGAAGAAUGAGGUUGAGCUCGUUCUACAACGCCUGUUCAAUGCUGUGAACAACUUCCAGGAUCUCUUGGUGUCAAGUCGAAAUUUGGACUUCUUUACCUCUUUCUAUCGAUUCGUUAUUCAGUUGCUGCCUGCCGCAGUGGUGGCUCCACUCUUCUUUCAGGGCAAGAUUGAGUUCGGUGUGAUCAACCAAAGCCAGUCUGCAUUCAACCACAUUCUGGGCGAUGUGUCCUUGGUGGUUUACCAGGUAUAUGGCAUAGCACGGUGGCCCCAAAAGCGGGCUGUGGAUGCACAGGGAAAACGGGUGACAAUGCGCCAACAAGGAGCUGCCAAGACCCUUGUAUUCCAAACAUGA